CGGUCACAGAACCGCGAUAAUGUUAUAAGUAAUGGUUUAAACCGGAGUUUAAACUCAAUUGUAGGCGAAUACUUGACGCGCGAGCAUCGUUCGGAGCGCCGCUAACCCGUCGGCCGACGUUGUAUUUCGCGGCAAAAGCCUGUUAAAUAGAAUUGCCAUUUUUUUUUUCAAGUGCAAAACUGAUGAAUAAUUUAAAUUAGCAUCAACGACGGCGGUGAAUUUAAUGGAAAGUUUGCGAUUAUAAAGUUCCUUUUUUUAACUUUCUGAACGUAUAUAAUGAUCAAAUUCUCAAGCGAUACGUUUUAUCUUAAUAGAAUUAUAAUAAUAUUACCCAUGCUCGAUACAAUAGUGCCGUGAUUUUUGGCAUUUGGCAACGAGUAAAGUAAUCGACAUCGACGAAGACAAAACCUAUUUUAACCGAGAGUCAUCAUGUCGAUCGCAAAUCCGCCAGUCGUAUAUAACGUGUCCGAAUCGGAAGACUAUUCGACGGCGGAUCUGACCACAGGGAUUCAACAGCAGGUGGACGCUGACUUCACAGGCUCGCCGCCUGGACGCUUAUUGUCCCUCGAGUUCUUCUCAACCGACCACCCAGCUUUAGCCACGUUGACCAAUUCUAUGGCUACCGCUUCGACCACAACAGUCACCACUGCGGUGGCUAACAGAUCGGGCGCCGCCGCCACAGAAGCCACCGACUAUGCCGUAAAAAACUUGUUGGUUCCGUUGUGCCACCCGUCCACCGGCAUACCGUCUGUAGACGAAUACUUUACGGCGAUCAACUUAGCUGGGGUGACGAUUUUCACACUGGGAGCGAUAUGUGUAAUUAUCAUUCUCUAUCUGUACGUAGACACACUGAGGUAUAUUAUUAAGAACGCAUCCCCUAUGGUGAAAACCCACUCGGCGUUCAUCCUCAGCGUAUACCCGGUAGUAGCCGUGGCCACGUACUGCGCCAUAUUGGUGCCCAGAGCUCAUCUGCUCGCCGAAGCCAUGACCCAGGGUAUGUUCAUGGCAUGCGUGUACCAACUAUUCUGCCUGUUCAUGGCAUACUGCGGUGGUGAAGCGAAUCUCGUAGCUUCGGUGAAGCCACAGUCACUUGACAUGCAAGUGCCGCCAUGCUGUUGUUGGCCGUGUUGCUGCUGUUUACCUAAGUUUACAGUUACCAAAAAACACCUGAGAUAUUUGAGAAUACUUGUUCUACAACUUCCAAUCGUACAAGGAUUCGUUUACAUGGUUCUUCUGGUGAUGUGGGCCGAAGAAGAGAGCUUGUAUCAAGUGAACUACAUGUACAUGCAACCUUUCAUCGUGUUGUCCAUCUUCUGUGGGAUGUGGGGCAUCUCGAUGACGAUGCGUGUACUGGGUGACAUACUCAAAGAUCACAAUAUUCAGGGCAAAUUCGUCGUACUUCAACUAGUGCUGGUGCUUGCCAAACUCCAAGGACUGGCUGUUCGGACUAUGGUCUGGGCUGGAUGGCUACCAUGCAAACCACCCAUAUCACCCACCGUCUACGCCAACCUAAUCUAUAACUCUACGAUGCUUUGGGAAAUGAUGGUGCUGAUGGCGCUAGCCAGGAAGUUGCAUAAGAAACCGUUACAGAUGGACCCGUGUUUUGUAGAGCCACCUAAAAUCACUUGUUGUGUGGAUUUGCCCAGCAACCAGGAAAAAAAUAACAUCAUUAAUGGCGGCAUAUACAAUCAAUGUUUUGAUAUGAACGUUUAACGAAAACUAAUUGCCUGAUAUACAUAUUGUAAUUAUUUUAUUUUAUAACCAAAGACGUGAAUUUAUUAAACAUAGGUACAUAUAUUUAAUACUAUAAUUUAAUUUUUGUUUGAAUAAAAUUAAAUCUUAAUGACCGCUUGCAUCAUUUAUACUUAAAAUUUUAGUAGAGUUUAACCUAUAGU